AUGUUGGGGGAAGAAGGCGGGGGGAAACAGAAGGAGGAAGAUGAGGACAUGGAAGAGGAAGAGCUUUCAUUGUGGCUGAGCCCAUCGUUGUACGAGGUGGUUGCCAUCACUGGUGAUGAGAGAGGAGCAGGCACUGAUGCCAAUGUGUUUAUUACUCUUUUUGGAGAUUAUGGCAUCACACCCAAAGUCCACCUGGCUAGCAAGAGUUGCACAGCAUUCGAAAGGGCCAAAACAGAUGUGUUCAGAAUUAGAACUCACAAUGUUGGAUCCUUGAAAAAGAUACGGAUUGAGCAUGACAACACUGGCCUUAAUCCCAGCUGGUUCUUGGACAGAGUCGUGGUAACGGAUGUGAUUCGACCUCAUCUGAGGUUCUAUUUUGCUUGUAAUAACUGGCUCAGUAAGGUAGAGGGAGAUGGCCUUUACAUCAGAGACCUGCUGGGCAGCAUAGACCCCAUGGACAUACCCAAAUAUAAUAAAUUUGUUGUGAGUGUUUUCACUGCAGAUGUAAAAGGAAGUGGCACAGAUGCAGAUGUCUUUAUUAACAUCUUUGGGGAGUUUGGAGAUACAGGGGAGAGGCGACUUGACAACGACAAAAAUAACUUUGAAAAGGGCACAGAGGACAAAUUCACCAUCGAGGCACCGAACUUGGGCAAAAUUAGAAAGAUCACCAUUGGACAUAAUAACAAAGGCUCCUCAGCAGGAUGGUUUGUGGAGAAGGUGAUAGUAGAUGAUCUUGGAAACAAACUAGUGUAUGAAUUCCCCAUCAGCCGCUGGUUUGCCAUCGAUGAGGAUGAUGGGAAGAUCCAGAGGGAUGUUUUGGUUGGAGGGAGUCAGCCCACAGGUAUUGUGUACAAUGUCCAGAUUGUGACAGGAAACAUCCGGGGUGCCGGGACCAACUCCAAAAUCCACAUUGUGAUGCACGGCACGAAAGGCUUGAAGAACAGUGGGAAGGUCUUUUUGGAAGGAGGAAAGUUUGAACGGGACUUAACAGACAUCUUUAAUGUCGAGCUUGCUGCACUCCUCAGUCCCCUGAGCAGAGUCACCAUUGGACACGACAACAGAGGGCUUAGUACUGGGUGGUACUGCGAGAAGGUUGUGGUUUACUGCCCAUUCACCGGAAUAGAGCAGACUUUCCCAUGCAGUAAAUGGCUGGAUGAAAAGGAGGGAGAUGGGCUGAUAGAGCGAGAGCUCUACGAGAUGGUCUCACUCAGGCAGAAGAGACAGAAAAAGCAUCCCUGGUCGCUGUGGAUCUGGACGUCGGACCUGCCCAGCGCAGGAACCGAUGCUGAUAUCUCAUUCCAGGUGUACGGAGAAAAGGGCAAGUCAGACGAGAUCAGGCUGGACAACAAAACAGACAAUUUUGAACAAGGACAAGUUGACAGAUUUAUGGUUGAACUUCCUGAUUUGGGAAAACUGACCAAACUCCGUAUCUGGCAUGAAAAGAGGAAUCCUUUUGGAGGAUGGCAUCUAAGCAAGGCAACAUUAAUGAAAACAUUAACGAAGGAGAAGUAUACAUUUCCUUGUGAGCGGUGGCUGGAUAGUAAUGAAGAUGAUAAUGAGGUUGUGAGAGAGCUUCCCGCCACCGGAGAGCUUAUUGCUGAGCCUCUGCCCUUGAUUAAAUACAGAGUAACUGUCUGCACGGGGACGGUCGGUGGUAGCGGCACAGAUGCAUCUGUUUUUCUAAAUCUAAUUGGAGACCAAGGGGACACCGGAGAUAGGGACCUGAUCAACUGCAAAAACAAUGUCAACAAGUUUGAGAAAGGAAGUUUGGAUGAGUUUCUAAUUGAGGCGGUGGCCAUUGGGCAGAUCCGCAGGGUGAGAAUUGGACAUGAUGGCAAAGGUGGAGGCUCUGCCUGGUUUCUUGACAAAGUGAUUGUAAGAGAGGAAGGACAAGCUGAGGCAAAUGCCGUGGAGUUCCCCUGUAACAGAUGGCUGGCCCGCAACGAGGAUGAUGGACAGAUUGUCAGAGAAUUAGUUCCGUUUGCAGAAGGACAGCGUCUUUACAAUACCAACUAUCACAUCGCUGUGAAGACAGGUGACAUCCCCGGAGGUAGCUCUGACUCUGAUGUGUUUGUGAAGCUCUAUGGAGAGAAAGGUGACACCAGUAAGAUGAUGCUGGUGGUCUCUGCCAACGACCUGGGGAACUACUUUGAAACAGGCCGCGUUGACAUCUUCACAGUGGAAACCUUUGACAUUGGACAGAUCAACCGUCUGUUGAUUGGCCACACUAACAAAGGCAUGCGUGCGGGCUGGUUCUUGGACAGUGUUCAAAUUUUGGUUCCAGUCCAUGGAAAGAAUUACAUGUUCCCCAGCCACCGCUGGCUGGACGAAGAUGAGGCCGAUGGCAAAACAACGGUGGAGCUCUACCCAAGCGAGAUCCUGGAUGUAGAACAAUUAAUAAACUAUGAGAUAACAGUCGUGACCGGAGAUGUGGUGUUUGCUGGCACAAAUGCUGUAGUCUUCAUCCAAAUCUACGGGGACAAGGGGAAGACGGAGGUUAUCACACUGGAAAGCAGAUCCAACAACUUUGAACGGAAUACCACCGAAAUAUUUAAGAUAGAGGCCAAAGAUGUCGGAAAGAUCUUUAAGAUACGCAUCGGUCACAAUGGCGCCGGCAUUGGAUCUGGCUGGUUCCUGGAGACAGUGGACGUGAAACAUCUCAUCAUGGCCUUGGUGCCCAAGGAGAAGAAAAAGGAGGACAAGAAAAAGAAGAAGAAAAAGAAGAAAGAGGAAGAUGAGGAUGAGGAGGGUGGCGAGGAGAUGCAAGAAGUGGUGCUGACAUAUCAUUUUCCCUGUUCACGCUGGUUGGCUGGGGGAGAGGAGGACGGCGAGCUGGUGGUGGAGCUGCUGCCUGAAGAUGCAGAAGAGAUGGAAGUCAACACCUACGAAGUGUGUGUCUUCACUGGUGACAUGAUGGGAGCCGGGACCGACGCCAAUGUCUACAUUAAUAUUUAUGGAGAGAACGGAGACACUGGAGAGCGCUGCCUGAAGAAUUCUGACAACAUCAAUAAAUUUGAGGGAGGGCAGGAGGAUGUUUUCAUCGUGACAGCCGUUGAUUUGGGCCCUUUGAAGAAGCUACGAAUCCGUCAUGACAACUCUGAGUCUUACUCCUCUUGGUACCUGGAUCGUGUUGAAAUAGUGGACACAAAAGAGGAUACAACAUACUACUUCCCUUGUAACCGCUGGCUUGCAGUUGAUGAAGACGACGGGCAGAUAGCGAGAGAGCUGGUUCCCGUGGAUGAGGCCUUCAUGAGGAAGGAUGAUGAUGAUGAGGGCACGAGUGGUACUCUGGGCCUGGAGCAGAAAUCUAUGUCUACUACAUAUACUCUUAAGAUAAAAACUGGAGAAAAGAAGUAUGCUGGAACUGAUUCCAACGUCUUCGCCAUCCUCUUUGGUGAAAAUGAUGACACAGGGAUCAUCAAUCUAAAGGCUUGUAAAAACUACAAGAAUAAGUUUGAACAGGGGAUGAUCAAUGAGUUCACUGUGGAGGCCGUGGAUCUGGGCGACCUGGUAAAAGUUCGAAUCGGGCACGACAACUCAGGGGGUUCAUCUGGUUGGUUCUUGGACUGGAUCGACAUUGAUGCCCCUUCACAGGGUCAGAGGAUGCGCUUCCCAUGUGGCCGUUGGCUGGAUAAAGGGGAGGAUGAUGGUGCAACUGUGAGGGAUCUCUAUCCUGCUGACUUACAGACUGAAUUCUACACACCAUUUGUGCCUUAUGAGAUAAAGAUAUACACCACCGAUGUAUUUGGAGCGGGAACAGAUGCUGACGUGUUUAUAGUCUUGUAUGGCCAUAAGGGGGUGUGCACUCAGCAGAAGCACCUGUGUGUCAACAAGAGAGAGCGACGCUUGUGCUUUGAGAGGGGAGCUGAAGACAUGUUUAUUGUGGAGCUGGAGGACAUUGGUGAUGUUAUAGAGAAAAUCAGGAUAGGACAUGACAACAGCGGCACCAAUCCUGGAUGGCAUCUUGACAGAGUGGAGAUCAGGCGACAGCUCAGGAAAGGAAAGGGUUCUGAGACGACUAUAUUCCCUUGCGAGCGCUGGCUAGCUAAGUCUGAAGAUGAUGGUGAGACGGUGAGGGAGCUUGUCCCUUCAGACAUCAUCACACAGAAACUCCUCAGGGAUGGGACACUGAAAACGACUGAAACUGAGGUGGAAGAUGCUUUGGAAACUCACACAUACACGGUGUCUGUGCGGACAGGCGAUAUGUACGGAGCAGGGACCGAUGCCAACGUUUUCCUCACCAUUUAUGGAGAUUUGGGAGACACAGGAGAGCGGAAACUCGCCAAAUCUGAGAAUAACAAGAACAAGUUUGAGAGAGGAGAGGUGGAUAAGUUCAAUAUUGAGGCCGUGGAUUUGGGGCAGGUGUUUAAGAUUCGUGUUCGUCAUAACAACUCUAUGAUUGGGGCUGAUUGGUACCUGGACCAGGUGGAGGUGCUGGAUGUGGAAACAGAAGAGGUAUACAUGUUCCUGUGUGAGCGCUGGCUAUCAACGAAGAAAGAGGACAAACGAAUAGACAGGACCUUCUACGUCAAGGGGUAUGAGGGUGAAAGAAGCUCUGAUCCAUAUUCCAAAAUGAUUGCUCAGGCCAAACUGGGACUGGACAAGAAUGCCAACAAGAAGAAAAAGAAGAAAAAGGCAGUAGUGGUUGAAGAGGGUCCAAUCAUCCCUUAUCACUUCACCCUGUCCACGGCGAUCGAACAAGAUGCCAGCACCACAGCGAGGGUUUAUGUCAUCAUCAUUGGUCCCAAUGACGUCGAGACAGACCGGCUGUGGCUGGACCUGCCAGAGGGAAAGAAAUCCUUCACAGCUGGCUCCAUGGAGCACUUUGUGUGCUAUGGAACUGACGUGGGAGAGAUCAAGAGGGUGGAAGUUGUUUAUUCAGUCACGGUUGCCACAGGUGACAUUCAGUAUGCAGGAACUGAUACCAACAUUUUCCUGACCGUGUUCGGAGCCAAUGGGAGCACAGAGGAAAUGCUUCUGCCCAAAAAUGAGGAUAGGUUUGAAAGAGGGCAAGAAGACACAUUUACCUUGGAGAUAGAUGACAUCGCUCCUUUGAAGAAGAUCAGAAUUCGAAUAGAUGGCACCGGAAGCCGCCCAGACUGGUUUCUUGACAGGAUCCUGAUGAGAAACCUGACCACAGAGGAAGAGUACCUGUUCACCUACGAGAACUGGCUGUCCAAGACCAAAGGGCCCAAGAGGACAAAGGUGUGUGAGCUGGCGGCUAUGGUGGAUGACGAGGAGAUGGUAGAAAAAACAACUUACAUCAUCCAAGUCCAGACUAGUGACGUUGCAGGUGCUGGCACUGAUGCCAACGUGUUUCUGAUUGUGUUUGGGGAGUAUGGAGACACAGGGACGCUGCCUCUGAAAGAGAGCACCAACAGAAACAAGUUUGAGCGAAAAAUGAAGGACGUGUUCAGAUUUCCUGACAUGCUCAGUCUGGGCGAACUGUCAAAAGUCAGAGUGUGGCAUGACAACAAAGGCCCUGCUCCUGGAUGGCACCUGGAGUACCUUGAUGUGAAAGAUGAGGCCCUGGACAACACCUUCAGGUUCCCCUGUGACCGCUGGUUGGCAAAAAACGAAGAUGACGGGCAGAUUAUGAGGGAACUGGCUUGUGCCAACAAUGAUUUUGUAGACCUCAGUGACAAAACAAAAUAUGAAAUUGCCACAACAACUGCUAACGCAGAUGACGCCUCCACAACGGAAAAUGUCUGGAUCCUGCUGGAAGGAAGGAAAGCCCGUUCCAAGGAGUUUGUUCUGGAGAAUAAGAAAAAGAAGUUCUUAAGGUAGGUCUUCAGAGACGGUGCCACUGACACGUUUGAGUUCUCGUCGAAGCACGUGGGGGAAAUCGCUAGCAUCUGCGUUGGCCACAUCACAAAAGACGGCAAGAAGGUGAAGAAUGAGGCUUUCUGGCAUGUUAUGGAGGUGGUGGUGACAGAAAAGGAGCUGGGAAACAAGUAUUUCUUCCACUGUGAUGCACAAAUUCCCCUGGCAGCCAAAAAAGACCAGUUCCAGACAUUCGAGUGCUAUAAAUCCAUCGAGAGCUUUGCAAGCAAAGUCCGCAACCUGGUCCCUGUCAAGUAUGAAAUCAUCGUCAUCACCGGGGACGUCAAAGCGGCCGGCACAGAUGCAAAUGUUUUUAUCACCAUGUAUGGCGUCAAUGGUGACUCAGGCAAGCGUCACCUACGGCAGAAGUUUCGCAACCUUUUCGAGCGAGGGCGGACAGACCGCUUCGUUCUGGAGAUGCUGGACCUUGGGGAAUUGCUGAGGGUCAAAGUGGAGCACGACGGCACUAGCCCCAACAGUGGGUGGUAUUUAGAGUGUAUUGAGGUGACCAACACAGCCAAUUCAGUCACAACAAUCUUCCACUGUGGAAAGUGGUUGCACACUGCUAAAGCUGAUGGACAAAUUCAGCGAGUGCUCAAUCCCAGAUAUUAGAAUAAUGCUAGAAAGAAAGAGUGGGUGAGCAUUUGCUUUUUCCUGUUUGACUCAUUUGUUUUGUUGGGGGUUUUUACCAAUUGUAAGAGAAACAUUGCACGGAAAAGUUAGAGUUAAUCCAUCUGAAUAUAAAUGCAUUUCAACUUUUUCAGGAUAAAGCCAGUUUUUUGUUUUUGUUUGUUUUGUUUUUUUUUUAAGUUUGUGCCAACUGUUUAGGCUGUCACUCUUCAGAAAAAGCCAUUUGCUUCCA